AUCUAUAACUGAGACGGCUAAAUCGAAAUACCCUCACGUUGAGUAACAGAAAAAUACGUAGGCUUAGCAGGUACACAGCAUGGCGCGAGGCUGCUGACUUCUUUAAGAGUAGAGGAAGCUAAAGUCACACCUUCAUAAAAGAAGUCCCUGAACGCAGCACGAGAGGCGCGCCUCCGCGCACAGCUGAGGUGAGAAGAAGGCACCAACCGAUGAACUUCAGCUUCCAGUGUGGACGGAAGAAAAACAAGAGCACGACGGGAACAUCUCGGAGAUGGUUGAGCCAGAUGUGACACUGCAGCUGUUACACAGUGUUCACCUGAAGAAUGGCUCAAUUGCGGCUGCCACUCGUCCCUCUCUCACAGAGGACUCUUUCAUCAGCAGCAGUGGAAUCGUCCCUGGUGCAAUUGCAGCCACCAUGUUCAUUGCCCUUUUGCUCGCUCUGUACGCCGUCCUCUGGAAGUGCAUGGUGUCACCGCCACUACGGAAACACAGCAAAGUGAGGGUGAGAGUGAAACGGAGGACGUCUGUGUGAAGAAGCUUCUCCACCUAAACUUAAUAAGAAUAAGAUCUGAGAGAAGAAUCCGAGAAGUGACACAAUAAUGCCAGCAAGGGAGAUCUUCCUGAUGAUACAGAUAUCAAAGCGCUGUUCACUGGAAGCUGCAUGCUGAUGUGACCUGCUGGUCACCUCCUGCUGCUCUUCUGUGAACUGUGCUUUAUCAAGGGAACCUCAAGAUGAGGAUCUGCUGCGGAACUCUACAAAUGUGUUCUGUUGUCUGCAUUGAAAUCCACAUGUAGUGCAAUGGAACAAGGAACAUAUUUCUGUGACCGAGUCACGAUUCGUUCAAAGACUCAAUGGUUUGUGGUUUGUCUUUUUGAACACGGUGUAUUUCUAACUUGCCUUUUUUAUAUGCAAUCAUCACUUUUUGGCCGUUCAAUAAAACAUUGCCCAUGUAUCCUUCAAACUCAUGAAAUAGUAAAGUAGUAAAAACUGUAAAUAUCCAUAUUCAGUGCAAUCUUUAACCUUAAUUGGCAACGAAAAGGGAUAAAUGUCACACAGCUGUUAUUCUUUGAUGGAAAACACCAGUUAUUGUCUGUCAUUUUAUUUCCUGCCAUAAACCGGUUCUGUGUGUUUAAUAAACUGCACUUACAACGA